UAUCACGCAAAAAUUACCAAAAAACAUUUUGGCAGUUCGACAUAACUUUGGAACAAAUUAUCGCAAGCAUUAUUUAAUAACUAAUGGAGAAUUAAGUAAAAAUGCAUCUUCCGAAAAUAACUAUGAAAUAAAUAAGACUAAUAAUAUUGAAGAUAAUGUUGAUAAGAAUAGUAAAUUUAAAAAAUUUAGAGUUACUAUCAACUCUUGCGAUCGUGAUGAAAGUAACUUGAUCAAUUCAACUUCGGAUUUGAGUUCAUGUGAUUCGAAAAUAAAAUCACAAUCAACAAUGGUAGAGAAGGUAGAAAAGAUAGAGACGGUAGAUCCCGAUAUAUUAAAUAUAUUACAAGAUGUUUUCAAAUUAAAAAGUUUUCGAUUAAACCAAUUAGAUGCAAUAAUUUCAACCCUUAAUGGAGAUGAUGUAUUCAGUUUAAUGCCUACUGGUGGAGGAAAAAGUUUAUGUUAUCAAUUACCUGCUGUAUUAGAUAAUAAGAGAAAUAACAAAGUCACGUUUGUGAUCUCUCCACUUUUAUCACUUAUGCAUGAUCAAAUCUCUCAUUUAAAUAAUUUGGGAAUUUAUGCUUUGGGAAUAGAAGCAAACCAAGAUUCUGGAUACCGAAAUAUGAUUUAUCGUGAACUUGAUAAUCCUGUAUCUAAACUCACCUUACUUUAUUUGACACCAGAAAUGAUAAAUAGAAGUAAUAAAUUACAAGGUUUAAUUCAAUUAUUUUAUAGUAAAGGACGAUUGGGCCGAUUUGUGAUUGACGAAGCUCAUUGUGUUAGUCAAUGGGGUCACGAUUUUAGACCAGAUUAUGUAGAGUUAGGAAAAAUGAAAUGUAUAUUCCCUGAUAUACCAGUGAUGGCACUUACUGCAACUGCAACUACGAUAGUCAGAGAAGAUCUAAUACGUAAUCUUGGAAUAUCAAAUUGUAAAGUCUUUACAACUGGAUUUAAUAGAAAAAAUUUGAUAUAUGAAGUUCGAAAAAAGAGUUCUAAUGUAGAAGGACAAAUCUAUAAAUUUAUUCAAGAUUCAUCUAAUAAAGAUAAAACAGGAAUUAUAUAUUGUACUUCUAAAGCUUCAUGCGAAAAGGUUGCGAAAAAACUUACUGAACAUGGAUUGAAAGCAGCUUAUUAUCAUGCAGGAAUGGAUAAACAAGAUCGAUUAAGACUUCAAGAUGAUUGGCAUAGUGGUCGUAUUCACAUUAUUGUAGCAACAAAUGCAUUUGGAAUGGGAAUUGAUAAACCAGAUGUACGAUAUGUAAUUCAUCAUUCUUUCCCUCAAUCUUUAGAAGGAUAUUAUCAAGAAACUGGUCGAGCUGGAAGGGAUGGAUUAGAUUCAAAAUGUAUACUAUUCUAUUCAUAUGCGGAUAAAUUCCCUAUACAAAAAUUAAUUGAUUCUUGUGAAGGAGAGAAUGUUCAAAAAAGGCAACAACGAGAAAAUUUAAAAGAAAUGAUUCGAUAUUGUGAAAAUCAAAUUGAUUGUCGACGGGAAAUAAUAUUACAUUAUUUUGAAGAAAGUUUUGAUCGUAAAGAAUGUAAACAAGGAUGUGAUAAUUGUCAAAAUCAACCAACCAUCUCACGAAUACAAUUUGAUGCUACCGAAAUAGCCAAAAUUAUGGUACAACUUAUAAAAUUAAAUCAAAGAGCACAUGUAACAAUGCAACAAAUAGUUAAAAUGAUGAAUCAAGAUACUGAUAAAAACUUAAUAAAAAUUGUUCAAAGAAAAAACCUUAAACUUCCACCAGGAUUCCAACCCACGGAUCUCACUCGGGAUGAAAUAGAAAAGAUUUUUAAAAUCAUGGUUCUUAAUGAUAUUUUAAUAGAAAAUAUCCACCCUAAUUAUAUGGGAUUUAUUUCUACAUACGUCAUGGUGGGUCCAAGAGCUGAUUUGUUAAAUGAUGAGACGGAAAGGAUUAUAAUAGACCGUAUAGUAAGUACAUCAAUUCUUAAUCUAGGAUAUAAUAUUAUUUAUUGA